AUGGCGUUGAAUUCCCAGUCGCCUGCCGACGCGGCUCUCAAUCGCGAAGAAUCCGUCGUGACUGAACACCAGGAGGCCAAGCUCAAGCAGGAAUAUGACGUUGAAGGCCAACCCCGCAGGGACAGCCGGAUUGCGCCCGUCCAGGCUGAAGAUCGCACCAGUAUUGGCAAGCAGCUUGAGCUGGAGGCGGAGAAUGCGAUCAAAUACAGGACAUGCAGCUGGCAGAAGACUGCCGCCCUGCUCUUCUCCGAGUACAUCUGCUUGGCCAUGAUGUCGUUCCCGUGGUCAUACUCCGUCCUGGGCCUGGUGCCUGGUCUCAUCCUGACAGUGUUCAUCGCUGUUGUCGUGCUUUACACGUCGCUGAUUAUCUGGAAAUUCUGUUUGCGCCACCCGGAAGUUCGCGAUGUGUGUGACAUCGGCCAGUUCUUGUUCUGGGACUCCAAGAUCGUGUGGUAUAUCACUGCGGUCAUGUUUUUGUUGAAUAACACUUUCAUUCAGGGACUGCAUUGCUUGGUCGGCGCCGAAUACCUCAACACGAUGACCGGUCACCCGACAUGCACCAUCGUCUAUUCUGUCGUCACCGCCGUCAUCUCCUUUUUUGUCUCGCUCCCACGGACUUUCAGCGGGCUCUCCCGUCUAGCCACCUUUUCGGCCUUCUUCACCUUUGUGUCAGUGUUGCUCGCCACCAUCUUUUCUGCCAUCGAGCCGCACCCAGCCGGCUACAACCCAGACCCGAACCAUGUCACGGCUGACGGCACCAAGAUGGGAGGGGAGCCGAUCGUGUUGGCGUUUCCUGCCGCCGGCACCUCCUUUGUCACGGCCAUGAGCGCCUUCAUGAACAUCAGCUACACCUUCAUCGGCCAGAUCACCCUGCCCAGCUUCAUUGCGGAGAUGAAAGAACCCCAGGACUUCUGGAAGUCGGUCACGGCAGUGACCAUUGCCGAGGUCAUCCUGUUCAGCCUGGUCGGCUCCAUCAUCUACGCCUACACUGGCAACCAGUACAUGACAGCGCCGGCCUUUGGCUCUCUGGGCAAUGAGGUGUAUAAGAAGGUGUCCUUUUCGUUCAUGAUCCCGACCUUGAUCUUCCUGGGCGUGUUGUACGCCUCCGUCUCGGCCCGGUUCAUCUUUUUCCGUCUGUUCGAGGGCACGCGCCACAAGGGCAAUCACACCGUGGUUGGUUGGGCCUCGUGGGCGGCCAUCCUGGCCGCUCUCUGGAUUUUGGCCUUCAUCAUCGCCGAAGUCAUUCCUUUCUUCUCAGACCUGCUCUCGAUCAUGAGCUCUCUCUUCGACUCGUUCUUUGGGUUUAUCUUUUGGGGUGUGGCCUACAUGCGCAUGCGCCAUGCCGACUAUGGCCCAGGGUUCUACAAGAAACGGGGUAUCCGCGGCUGGGUUGGAUUUCUUGUCAACGCGGCGCUCAUCUGCAUCGGGCUGUACUUCCUGGGACCGGGCACAUAUGCCUCGAUUGAGACCGUAAUCCAGAGUUAUCAGGCUGGCACGCUCAGAAUUCGUUUCAGACGAGGAAUCAUUACCGGAACAAUGAGAGCUGUCCACCGGAGCGCAAGAUCGCUGUCGUAUCUGCGGCAAUUCUCCUCUGCAGCCGCCAAUGGCUCUCGUUCGUCGCGGAGCAGCGCUCUGCUGCAAUCUGCCACCAGCAGCGGUGUGCGCUCCUCCGCAGGUCGUCCUGUAAUUUCCACUGGCGCCAGCAGGUCGCUCAUCAGUCCGGCUGGUUUCAGAAAUGCUUCUUCCUCGACCGUUGAUCCAGCGACGUUGAAACGCACGCAAUUGUACGACCUUCAUGUGGCCCGCGGCGCGAAGAUGGUGCCCUUUGCGGGCUUCGAGAUGCCGUUGCAGUACAAGGACCUCUCGCACGUGGACAGCCACAAGUGGACGAGGGAAAAGGCAAGCUUGUUCGAUGUCAGCCACAUGGUCCAGCACCGUCUGAGCGGUCGCGGUGCACUCCCGCUCUUGAUGAAGGUCACUCCAUCCUCGCUCGAUAAACUGCCCAACAACCAGUCGACCCUGUCGUGCUUGCUCGAGGAUGGAACGGGUGGAAUUGUCGACGACACGGUCAUCACGCGCUUGGGGCCCGAGGAAUUCUACUUUGUAACCAAUGCCGGCCGGCGCGAGGAAGACGUGGCCUUCUUGACGGCGGAGAUUGACGCACACCGGAAAGAGCACGGCGCGGAUAGUAUCAAAUGGGAGAUUCUCAGUGAUCGUGCCCUGCUGGCUCUGCAGGGGCCGUUGGCGGCGUCAGUCCUCCAGUCCUUCGUCUAUACGGAGGGUGAGAAUCCGGCAGACACGGACCUGAGUACCCUGUAUUUCGGACAGUCGCGUUCGCUGUAUCUCCGACUUGCCGAUGGCUCCAAGACGCCGCACCGGCUGCUGAUUUCUAGGACGGGAUACACGGGUGAAGACGGAUUCGAGAUCUCAGUGCCCACUGAGGGCUCACCGUCGCUUCCAAAUCAAGUCGCCGAACUUUUCCUGUCCCGGCCUGACGAGGUGCGUCUCGCAGGCCUGGCAGCACGAGAUUCGCUGCGCCUCGAGGCCGGAAUGUGUCUGUAUGGUCAGGACAUCACAACGGCGCAGACUCCGCCGACGGCAUCCCUGGGCUGGAUUGUCGGCAAGGACCGUCGCGACCCUGCGUCACCAUCGUCGCGUUUCAACGGAGCCUCCGUCAUCCUGCCCCAGCUGGCAUCACCAAGCAAGACGCUGACCGAACGGCGCGUUGGCUUCACGAUCGAAAAGGGCGCGCCCGCGCGUGAGGGCGCCAUCGUGGUGGACCUGCAGGACGGCAAGACCCAGAUCGGCGUCAUCACGUCGGGACUUCCCAGCCCGUCCCUGGGCGGCACCAACAUCGCCAUGGGGUAUAUCAAGCAAGGUUUCCACAAGAAGGGGACCGAAGUGGGUGUUCUCGUGCGGAACAAGCUGCGCAAGGCAUCCGUAGUGGGAAUGCCGUGGGUGGAGAGUAAAUUCUACCGACCGGAGAAAUAG